UUCAAUUUAUUGUUUUAUUAAUAAUUUUUGUAUAUUGCUUUAGGAUGACAUCGACAGCUACCAAAAGAAGCCGUGCCACAUCCGAGCAGCUAAAUCGCCUGCUUGACUACCUAAUGGAAGUCCCGGGUCUAGCAGGAUCUAGGUUCCACAGCCUCCAUGGUAAGUACGAGUGCGACAAAAAGUGGAGCGAGCUAGCAGCAAAAUUAAAUAGUCUGGGUGGAGCAGUGAAGACGGUGAAUCAAUGGCAAACGGUAUGGCGGGACUUAAAAAGCCGCACCAGCAUUAAAGCACGGAAUCGGCGAAGGCAACAAGCUUUAACUGGGAACAGGCCAAUCAGCGAGGAGCCCCUAACGGAAUUCGAGAGGCGGGUGUCUGCUCUUAUAGGGGAGGAGUAUAUGAAGGGCCACGAUUCAACCCCUGAAAAUAUUCCACUAGAGGAGGUAAUCCAAAUGGGUAUCGAAGUGGAAGAUGAAAGGGUGAUUUCGGAAGCCCCGUCGCCUUUACGGACGCCACUGGCAGAGAAUUUCACGCUGAGGUCAGGUAAUUCCCAUAUCUCAGACAGGAGAACACCACGGGCGAGCUUGAAAAGAAAGCGCAUGGAAGAAGACGGUAAUGCUCGGAAGAAAUUUUUGGAAAUAGCAGAAAAACAGGCAGAUGCACUAAAGAUGCUAGCCCAGUCGAGUAUAGAAACAGUAGAAGUCGCGAAACAACAAGCAGAUGCUUUAAAGGUAAUUUAUUUUCAACACAUAAAAGUGGCAUUUUAUUAA